CACACACCGUGAGCAGUGAAGCAGAGAAGGAAACGCUAGCCGCUGCUAACCUGCUCUGUGGUUAACCCUCGUUGUUCCGGUUCGUUUCUCUGGAUUUCUGUGUGAAACUCAGCCAGAGCUCCAGCGGAUUGCGGUUCCUUCCGAGGCCCGAUUAUCAGCCGCAGAAACCGGCUACAAGCAGUGUGAACCGGCCGGAGCUGAAUCUCUCGAUCCCGGAUCUUUACUGGAUUUAUUCUCUGAACAUUUUGGGAUCUUUCAGGGCGCCCCGCGUCUUCAGUCGGUGCGACCGUGAAGGCUCAUCGGGCUCUCGGUUCUUGAUGCCUCGGAGGCCCCGAAGAACUCAGACUGCGGAGCCCCGGAGCAGGGCUCGGACACCGGGGAAUUAAAGGAGGGUUCUGUUUGCUGGAUCGGGCCGCCGGUUCCGUCUGCCAUGAACCCGCUGAACCAGAUGAAGAGCGGCCUGGGCGCCAACCCUCACAGUGACGGGUCGUACACCUACGACCCAGCCAGCUGGCAGCAGCCCCCCAACCAGCCCACCGGGUCCCUGUCGGUGGUCACCACCGUGUGGGGCGUCCCCAACCCGCCCACCAGCCAGGGCCUGGGCGGAGGCGGGAUGGGCCCCGGGGCCAGCGCGGCCGGGGGCCCCAUGAUGCAGGGCUCCGGGGGCCCCGGUAUGUCGGGGGGCCCCGGGGCCUACCUGGGCCAGCCGGGCUACGGGGAGCCGGGGAAGGGCUACCUGUACGGCCGGACCGGCGGGGGGUACGGCGGGGCCCCGGGGGGCUACUCGGGCAGCUACCCCCAAACCCCCGGAGGGUCCAGAGGCUCCGAGUUCACCCAGGCUGCUGCCGCCGCCGCCGUGGCCGCCGCCGCCGCUGCCACGGCAACCGCCACCGCCACGGCAACCGUAGCCGCCAUCCAGGAGAAACAGAACCAGGAGAUGAACUACGGACAGAUGGCGGCCCCCGGCUACAGCAGCCAGUUCAUGGGCCUGUCGGGCCCCCGCGGCCCCGGCCCCACCAGGGGCCCGCCCUCCAUGGGCUCCAUGUACGGCCCUGGGGCGGGCCAGCAGAGGGUUCCCCAGCACCCAAACUACGGCGCCGGCCCCCAGCAGGGACACAUGCGGCCCCCGCAGGGCCUGAAGCGGCCCUACAGCGCCGAGUCGUUCCCAGGAAUGUCCCAGCAGUACGGCGUUCCCCCCGGGGUCAGCGUGAUGAGCGGCCCUGGAGCAGCCGGGGCCUCUGGUGGAGCCGGACCCGCGGGGCCCGGUCCGUACUCUGGACCCAACAUGCAGUACCACCCAGGGCCCGGCGGUCCAGGCUCCGCCCCCCAGUGCUCUGGCUCCGCCCCCUCCUAUAAGAUGCCCCUCCCACAGUACCCGCCCUCGGGAGGCCCGAACUCCCAGUUCUACAAGCAGGACCAGUUCAACGGCCCGACUGGGAACCUGAACGCUCUGCCAGCAGGGGGCGCCGCAGGCGGCUACAACGCCUUCAACCAGCAGGCAGGGCCGGGUCGAGGGUUACCCGGUUACCCGUCCUCUCCCGUUCCCGGAAACCCGACGCCGCCCAUCACCCCCAGCAGCUCCAUGGCUCCGCCCUACAUGUCGCCCGGCAACACCGACGUGAAGCCGAUGGCGUCUUCCUACCUGCCGGACAUCAAGCCCAACAUGGCGGCCCUGGCGCCUCCUCCAGGUAACCCUAGCGACGACCUUCGGCUGACCUUCCCGGUGAGGGACGGCGUGGUUCUGGAGCCGUUCCGGCUGGAGCACAACCUGGCCGUCAGCAACCACGUGUUCCAGCUGCGCGAGUCCGUCUACAAGACGCUCAUCAUGAGGCCCGACCUGGAGCUGCAGUUCAAGUGCUACCACCACGAGGACCGACAGAUGAACACCAACUGGCCCGCCUCCGUCCAGGUCAGCGUCAACGCCACGCCGCUCACCAUCAAGCGCGGAGACAACAAGACGUCCCACAAGCCGCUCUACCUGAAGCAGGUCUGCCAGCCGGGCCGGAACACCAUCCAGAUCACCGUCACCGCCUGCUGCUGCUCCCACCUGUUCGUCCUCCAGCUGGUCCACCGUCCCACCGUCCGCUCCGUCCUGCAGGGCCUGAUGAAGAAGCGGCUGCUGCCCGCUGAGCACUGCGUCACCAAGAUUAAGAGGAACUUCAGCAGCGGCUCGAUUCCCGGGACCCCCGGGUUGAACGGAGAGGACGGCGUGGAGCAGACGGCCAUCAAGGUGUCGCUGAAAUGUCCCAUCACCUUCAGGCGGAUCCAGCUGCCCGCCAGGGGCCACGACUGCCGACACAUACAGUGCUUCGACCUGGAGUCGUACCUGCAACUCAACUGUGAGAGAGGAACCUGGAGGUGUCCGGUGUGCAAUAAAACGGCUCUGCUGGAGGGACUGGAAGUGGACCAGUACAUGCUGGGAAUCCUCAUCUACGUCCAGAACUCCGACUACGAGGAGAUCACCAUCGACCCGGUCUGCAGCUGGAAGCCGGUUCCGGUGAAACCCGACAUCCACGUGAAGGAGGAGUCGGACGGGCCGGUUCUGAAGCGCUGCCGGACCCUCAGCCCGAGUCACAUGGUGCUGCCCAGCGUCAUGGAGAUGAUCGCAUCACUAGGCCCCGCCCCUUCGUCCUCCAUGACGGCGCCUCCUGCCUCCUCUUCCUCGCCGAUGCCCUACCCCUCCCUGCCACCAGGAGGCAGCAGCACACCAGACUUCCCGGCAGCAGCUCCAUCCUUCCCCGCUUCGUCUGCCGCCUUCUCGGACUUUGCCGGGCCCGGUUCUCCCAGCAUUCGGACCUUCACCGCCGGGCCCGGUUCUCCCAGCAUUCGGACCUUCACCGCCGGGCCCGGUUCCCCCAGCAUUCGGACCUUCACCGCCGGGCCCGGUUCCCCCAGCAUUCGGACCUUCUCCUCCCCCGGCCCGCCGCCGCUGUCCUACCAGCCGGACCUGUCCAGCGCCCUGCUGACGCCCGACAAGGCGCCGCCUCACCAGCUGGGCCCGCAGGUGCCGGCCCGUUUGGACUCCGUCUCCCAUGGUGCCUCUCUCUCCCAGCAGCAGCAACAGGGUCUCCAUGGCAACGGUCAGAUGAUGCAGCGCGGCAACCCUCGUCUCCAAGGCGACGGCUCCUUUGGGCUCGGCGGGUCCACGGAUGUUCCAGAACCUUCUCUGGAUCUGCUUCCGGACCUGACGAACCCGGACGAACUGCUGUCCUACCUCGGACCUCCGGACCUGCCCAACAACAACGACGACCUGCUGAGUCUGUUCGAGAACAACUGAGGAGUCCAGAACCGGACCGGACCGGACCAGAGGAACUGCUCCCUCGCAGACGGAACCGCACAGACUGCAGAACUUUAAAUCGUUUGGACC